GCGGUACUGAUCGCGAACCAUUUCCGUAUAUUUACUAUAAUAACUCAUAAUUAACAAGUCUUGGAUAACAUCGCAACACUGCUCCAUCCAAUUUAACAAUCUUCACGUGUAUGAAUUUUGCAACGCGAUUUCGCGCGCCGAUUCCACUGAAGAAGGUUGCCGCACCAAAACAUCGUCGGUUGCAACAUUUUACACAACUUUUUGGAUAUAAUCUACUAAAAAUAUCAAGAACUUGAAAGGCUGCGGUAACUUAUAGUAAAGUUUGUCGGAUUAACCGUCUUGAAUUGCUGUUGCAACAGACCAGAGUACAAGGCUGCUCGUGAGAAAACUUUUGAACAAUAUUUGAUGUUAAGUGAUGUGUUAAAACUAGCGUGAAACAAUGUUGUCGAUGGAUUCACUGUGGUGUGGCUCGGAGAGUGAGUUGUCAACUUUGAGACUGUGCAAAAGUGCGGCCGAUAGACCGGAGUACCGGCUGUCGAGGCGCAAGCCAUCCAAGAGCCUAAUCCCGCAAGCCUUGCUGCACGCGCCGGAGCCGCAGCCUCGGGCACACCGGCGACGAAGGUCUGGUACUUGGCCAAGGACGCGGUCCCUGAACGCACCGUCACCGAUCCAACAGUUUGGACCAUGCGGAAGGAUAAUGAAAAACUCGGCCAUGGUUAUGCAAAUCCAGGACCCGGCGUCGCAGCGGCUGACGUGGUACAAGCCGCCGCUGACGGUGCUGGUCAUCAAGAAAGUGCACGACGCCACCAUCCUGGCGCCUUUCGUGCAACUGGUGCACUGGCUGGUUCAUGACAAGAGCAUGGUAGUCUUCGUGGAAGCAGCAGUUUUGGAUGACAGACUGUUAGCCGAGUACGGAGACUUCUCUUCAGUGAAGGAACGGCUGAUGACCUUCAGGGCUGGCACUGAUGAUCUCACAGAUAAGAUUGACUUCAUCAUCUGUUUGGGCGGUGAUGGCACGCUGUUGCAUGCGAGCUCGCUGUUCCAGCAAUCAGUCCCUCCUGUGAUGGCAUUCCACUUGGGUUCUCUAGGGUUCCUAACACCCUUCGAGUUCAAUAACUUCCAGGAUCAAGUCAUGAACGUUCUGGAAGGUCACGCAGCCCUAACGUUACGUUCGCGUCUACAAUGCGUGGUUUUGCGCAAGAGUCGCGACGACAAAGACGGUAAAGAGAAGAAGAAGCCCACUACGAUACUGGUGCUCAACGAGGUGGUGGUAGAUCGGGGACCUUCGCCUUACCUGUCCAAUAUCGACCUGUUUCUAGAUGGGAAGCAUAUCACUUCGGUACAGGGAGACGGCCUAAUAGUAUCGACGCCAACUGGCAGCACAGCAUACGCGGUGGCUGCCGGCGCCAGCAUGAUACACCCGUCAGUUCCCGCCAUCAUGGUGACGCCCAUCUGCCCCCACUCCCUCUCCUUCAGGCCUAUCGUUGUACCCGCUGGAGUCGAACUCAAGAUAAUGCCCACGCUAGAGGCGCGUAGUGCCGCCAGUGUGUCGUUCGACGGGCGUUCGCAAGUCACGCUCAGGCCGGGCGAUAGCCUGUACGUGACGACGUCAGUGUACCCCGUCCCGUCAAUAUGCGCGCAGGACCAAAUCUCCGACUGGUUCGACUCUCUCGCCGAGUGCCUGCACUGGAACGUUCGCAAAAAACAAAAACAAAUCGACGAACUCAGCGACAUGACCCACUCCUCCAGCGAUAACCUCGAGGAAUUGGACCACAACCAUCAUGACGAGAGACCAGCUGACACAUGACCAGUGUCAACUUGACCACAGUGGACAAGACGUGAUAAGAACUCCUUAGUUACUUUGUCUGUAAGCGAAAUGCCAAUGUUGUUUCAAGUGAACGUGAAUUUCGUUUAACACCGGUUUUUACACCGCCUGUCUCUACUUUUAUCGGUAAAAUUGAAAAUGUGUUCUGAAUUUGUAAAAUUGUUAAAAUAUUGUGAGGUUUAUUGAUUAAAUAUGACUUCUAAAUGUACCUAUGUUUUUAAAGUUAAUAUGUAAAGUUAACUUAAGUGAACAACGAAAAUAUGUGGGAUGAAAUUUCGGUAUAAGAGUGUGGAAUUAUAGAAUGAGUUUAUGAUUUUUAUGUUUCGGCUAAUAAUGUGAUACUGGUUGCUAUAGUCUUGUUUUUGACAUUCCCUUGGACAAUAAAAAGUAACAUGUUAUGUCUUUCUCGGGUAUGUUCGGUUUUUCAUCUUCUAUGUUGUUAAACAUCUCUUACUCUUAAUGAAGUGCUCAACAAACAAUAGAAAAUCACUCAUACAUCAAUAAAUAUGUACCAGAUUUAGGGGUAUUUCCGAAUAUGCUCCACAUUUUUGCAAUAAUAAUACAUAACGACUGUUAUGUGAACAACUAUGAAGGUGCUAACUAAAUAAAACAGUGCCAAUGUAAAAUAUAGGUGAAGUGAAGCAGCUACUUGUUCUAGUGAAAAUAUUAUGAUUUUGUCGCAAAAUAGACUAAUUUAGCCCUUGAAUAGCUGUAAUCAACCUUUUGCUAAGAAGUAUGUACCAUGUAACCAAAACUUUAUAAGAUCUAAAACCUAAUUAGGGAAUUUGUGAAGUGUCAGAUUAAUAAGUUUUCUCGUCAUUUUACUUGAGCAAAAGGUUGAUUAUCUCUGUUUAAAGAUAAAUCGCUAGUGUUUAAUAGCGAGCACAAAAUGUCGAUAGUCGAUAGUUUUUAUUACUUUCAGCUCUUUCUUAACGUUUAGGGAUUGAAAUGUAACGUGUACAAAAGAAAUCGCGAUAUUAUUUUUAUUUAAUGUGACAUCACAGUUAUGAAGUUCCUUGGCUGUUUUUAAUAUAAAUAUUGCCUGCUUACGUGAAGUAAUGUGAUUGUGCUUUUUUUCUUUUUUAUGUAUAUCAAUUAACCGAAUUCGAUAAACUACUCAUGCUCCGCAUAUGUGUAAACCCUAGUGACCUAAAUAACAUUUAUGUCGAUAUUUUUUAUGAAUUAUUAUCUGUAUUUUUAUUGUUUUCUGCAGUUGUGAUUAGCCAACACUCACGUUUGCUUACCAAAGUGUACUUUGAAUGAUGUUUUUGUGAAUCUCUGCUUGUCUUAUGAAAAUUGUUAUUUGGUUGUGGUAUUAUGGCAGCAGUGCAAUAUUUGUAAUAUGAACAUUAUUUCUUUUUUUUUCCUGGAUGUAUGUAUAUGUAUUGGUGUUCAAUGAGUAUAAUAGAAGGAUAAAUUAUGUGUAUAGUUUUACAAUAAAUUAUAUGAAUGCGAA